GGCGCCCAGGGGCGGAGUAGGGCGGGGCGGGCGGCAAACGCAGCACUUUCGCGGCUUUGACAAGCCCGCAGCGGCCGGGCUGGAACGCUGAGCCCGGCCGGCCGAGACUGCGCCAUGCAGGAAGCGCCAGCUGCGCUGCCCACGGAGCCAGGCCCCAGCCCGGUACCUGCCUUCCUCGGCAAGCUAUGGGCGCUGGUAGGCGACCCAGGCACCGACCACCUCAUCCGCUGGAGCCCGAGUGGCACCAGCUUCCUCGUAAGUGAUCAGAGCCGCUUCGCCAAGGAAGUGCUGCCCCAGUACUUCAAGCACAGCAACAUGGCGAGCUUUGUUCGCCAACUCAACAUGUAUGGUUUUCGGAAGGUGGUGAGCAUCGAGCAAGGUGGCCUGCUCAGACCAGAGCGUGACCACGUUGAGUUUCAGCAUCCGAGCUUCGUGCGAGGCCGCGAGCAGCUACUGGAGCGCGUGCGCCGCAAGGUACCUGCGCUGCGAGGCGAUGACAGUCGAUGGCGUCCGGAAGACCUGAGCCGACUGCUGGGAGAGGUGCAAGCUUUGAGAGGAGUGCAGGAGAGCACGGAGGCACGGCUGCAGGAACUCAGGCAGCAGAACGAGAUCUUGUGGCGAGAGGUGGUAACUUUGCGGCAGAGCCACAGUCAGCAGCACCGGGUCAUCGGCAAGCUAAUCCAGUGCCUGUUUGGGCCACUUCAGACAGGGCCCAGCAGUACAGGAGCCAAGAGAAAACUGUCCCUAAUGCUAGAUGAGGGGAGCGCCUGUUCAGCAUCUGCCAAAUUCAAUGCCUGCCCUGUGUCUGGUGCUCUCCUCCAGGACCCCUACUUUAUCCAGUCGCCCCUCCCAGAGACCACGUUGGGCCUCAGCCCUCACAGGGCCAGAGGGCCCAUCAUCUCUGACAUCCCAGAAGAUUCUCCAUCUCCUGAAGGACACAGGCUUUCUCCCUCCGGUGGUUGCAGGAGGGUGAAGGGCCUGGCACUGCUCAAAGAAGAGCCGGCCAGUCCAGGGGGGGAUGGCGAGGCCGGGCUGGCCCUGGCCCCAAACGAGUGUGACUUCUGCGUGACAGCACCCCCACCGCUGCCCGUGGCUGUGGUGCAGGCCAUCCUGGAAGGGAAAGGGAGCUACAGCCCUGAGGGGCCCAGGAGUGUACAACAGCCUGAACCAAGGGGCCCCAGGGAGGUACCUGACAGGGGAACUCUGGGCCUGGAUCGGGGUAACCGGAGCCCAGAGAGUCUGCUACCCCCAAUGCUGCUUCGGCCUGCCCCUGAAACUCUGGAGCCCGUGGCACCUGUGGAUGUGCUCGGCCCUAGCCUGCAUGGACGAGAAUGGACCUUGAUGGAUCUGGACAUGGAGUUGUCUCUGCUUCUGGGCUUCCUUCUCAGCCGCUUCAUGGGAUUCUCCCAUGCAGAUGCAGCCCUUGGCACCAGAGACGGAUGAAGCAGAGCUGACGGUCAAGGAGUUGAAUUCUUCUGGUGUAGGGAAAGACCACACACUGGGAACUCCACUCAUGCUAGAUGUCCAGGCGGAUUUGGAGGGUGCAGCCCUGUCUGUGCCUGGGGCUUUAACCCUGUACAACGUCACCGAGAGCAACGCCUCCUACUUGGAUCCUGGAGCCAGUCCCUCCUCUCCCUGAGAUCUGCAUCCCUCUGAAAAAGCCUGGCUAAGGAACUAGCACGCAACAGCACACCCCUUUAGGCUUCCUGGCGCCCCCCCCCGCCCCCCGGCCCCCGCCCCAGGAGGUGAGCGAAGCCCUCUGUAUGCGACAGCCCCUCUCCACUACCCCAGUGAAUCCUGCAACAUAAACUGCAUUCCCUA